AUGGCUGACCGUCGAUCGGGCGGCUCCUCGAGCCGCAACAAUUUCAACGAUGAAAAAAGUCCUGCCGACAUUCCGCCGAUGUCGCGAUUGUUUAUCAUUUGCAGUAAGAGCGUGACCGAGGAGAAUCUGCGCGAACACUUUGAAAAGUUUGGCGACAUCGAAGAAAUAUGGAUCGUUAAGGAUCGCACGACGGGUGAAGGGAAAGGUGUUGCAUACAUCAAGUACGCGAAAACGUCCGAUGCUGCGCGGGCUCUCGAGGAAAUGAAUGGGAAAUGUGUGGGCGACAAUAAUACGCGCCCGAUCAAGGUGCUGGUCGCGGCCAACCGGCAGCAAGGGUCGCGGAAGCAGACGGAAAACGAGGAAGAAAAGUAUCUGCGAUUGUUCGUGAUCAUUCCAAAGGAUAUGACGGAGGAGGCGCUCCGGGAAGAGUUUGGCAAGUACGGCACGGUCGACUUGGUCACUAUAAUCCGCGACAAAGUCACCAAGGAGGGUAAAGGGUUUGCGUACGUCAAGUUUGGACGCUUCUUGCACGCUGCCCAAGCGUUCGAGGGCUGCGACGCCAAGUAUAAGGCCGUCUUUGCAGAACCCAAGCCCCCGCGCAAUGCAUCGGUUUCGUCGAACGAAAACUUUGGUGGUGGCGGAGGUGGUGGUACCGGCGGUGGUGGCGGCGGCGGAGGUGUUGGAGGUUUCGUCGGUGGAGGUGGAAGCUUCGGAAGCGGAGGAACAAACAAUACUGGCAACGGGUUCGUCGACGAUCGCCGAUCAGGGGUCGCUGCCGGAACUGGUGCGAUGCUGGGUUUUGCGGCGAUGGGUAACGCCGGUAACGAUGGACGUCGCACUCUGUCCAGUGUGGGAGGUGAUCGGCGAGGUGGAACGACGGAUUUCGGUGCCUUCAGUGGGUACAGUGGAUCGAAUAGUGGAAUGGUGGCCAAUGCGAACGAAACGACCCUCACAGUCCUGUGCAGCCCGGUGCUGAAUCAAGAUCAACUAUGGCGUCUUUUCGACAUUAUUCCCGGACUGGACUAUUGUCAGAUUAACAAUGAUUUCAAUAAUCGUAACGUGACGGCGACGGUUGUGUACAAUAAUGGCCAGUCGGCAAUGUAUGCUCGCGAUAAGAUCCACGGACUCGAGUACCCGCCCGGCGAAAGGUUGAUCAUCCGGCUUGGGCAUGAAACCGUCAGCAGUAUGGGCGGUAGUGGCGGUGUUGGCGUUGUUGGUGGAGGUGCUGGCGCUAACAACAGCAACCCAAUCGAUCCGUUCAACGGUGCAGCGAACGACGUUGUACAGGACAUAACAAGUUUCUCAAUAACGGAUAUCUUUCUUCAUCGCAAACCUUUUGCAGAUCGUGAUGCCGCGUUCUGCAGCGUUCCACUGCCACCACCGCUGCCGAUGGCCAAUGCGAAUGCCGAGGUCGCUCAACGCUGUUUUAUCGUUUGCAUUCCGAAGGCACUUCCAACGAGUGUUCUGAAGCAAACGUUCUGUCGGUUCGGGGACCUGAUCGAUGUGUAUCUGCUGCCGAACAAGAACUGCGGUUACGCCAAGUACGCAUCGGAAGAGUCGGCCAAGAAAGCGAUCAAGCAGCUACACGGUGCCGAAAUACUGAACGUUCGCUUGAAGGUCCUUGAAGCGGAAGAACCAAGCAAUGAUCGGCGGAAACGUAUGCGCCAUGAUGAGCGACUAGAGAACGAGUAACGGGCCUGGUCCUCCGAUUGUGCCUCUCUCGAUCCCCGUUUUCUGCUUCCGGUGAAUUCAUAAACUACUUUAUAACGCAAGAGACGUAAUGAACGAUAAAAACAAACAAACAAACCCCGUACAGAGAACGUUUGAGCUACCACCUACCGAACCAAC